AUGCCAUUGCUACCGGAAAUCCCUUCUUUCAAAUCUAAAAAAUCUGCUCGGAAUUCGCCUGCUUCGUCCACCAUCCAAGGAGCAGACAAGUUACCUAACCCAUUUCAGAACGACGACUCUGGGUCAUUAGGAACAAAGAUCGCCGUACGCACUGAAGAGGAACAGCAGGCCGCUGCACGUGAAAGGGAAGAACGAGAAAGAGCCGAGAUGGAAAAGGAGAUUAAUGAUCGUCGAGAGGCCAGAAGAAAGUCUCUUGCUAAUCGAAGAGUCUCGUUUGCAGCUGAAGCUACCCUUCAUACUUUUCAUGAAGUCGAGUAUAUGCAAGAUUCUACAACCUCGACUGACUCCACAAGACGAGCAUCGUCCCUCGCCGCUCAAGGACAAGCAUCUGCUUCACGAUCUGGUCAUGCGGGUCAACCUGAAGAUUUAGUUCCCAAUUCCCCAGAGCAACAAGAUACGCAUGAACAGAGAAGACGCAGGAGCUCAGGCGUUAGCAACCUAGGUUUCAACCAGAACGAUGACACGAUGGCCUCAAGUAUCUAUAGUUCAGACUCCGAGGGAACGGACGAUGUGAUAGAAACACAUGAAGAAAUUGGUUCAGAUUCCGGUAGCGACUCCGAUGCCGACGGUGUAUCAAUGGACCUGGACGUCGAUGAAGUUACCGGCACCUCCGUCGCAUCUGCUAUGUCGGCUCGGUCGGCUAUUACCAAUGACUCUAAUGACACAUUGGACACAGCUCUCCGACUCGCAUCUCGCCGCGCCGAAACCCAGAGCCUCGACGAUGAGGAAGAGAUUAUUCCAUCGUUUGGGUGGGCUAAAAAGCCAGCCCCGAAACAAGCGAGCCCUACCCAAAAUCAAGAGAAUGUUGGGCAAGAAAAUACCGGUGGUGUGGACAUGGACAUGGACAUGGAUAUGGAUAUGACAAAGGCUGUUGGUGGUAUCAUUAAAGCCGACGAUGAUUCCCUAGAAGAUGCCCAAGAGGAAGAGAUGUCAAUGGAUGUCACUCGAGCGCUUGGUGGUAUUCUCCCUUCGCUCAACAACGCGCGAAAUACACAGCCAACUAGUCCGGACAAAACUGAAGAGGAAUCCUUGAUCGAGGAUGCCCCUAUGGAUUUUACUGUCGCGGUUGGUGGUAUUCGAAAAGACCAGCAACCUGACAACAACCUCUUUGACCCCGAUGAUGAUUAUGAAGACGAGGACAUGUCAAUGGAGUUCACUUCUGUCGUAGGUGGUGUUCUCUCCGGGAAAAGACUCGAUGCAUCCACAAAGAAAGCGUCGCAAGGCCGACGUCGUACCAUUGCAGCGGCCGAUGACGAAGCAACGAUGGACAUGACAGCAAUGGACAUGACAGUCGGUAUGGGCCGUAUUCUUCCCUCUAAUGAGGACGGCGAGAAUGAUGAAGAUGCUACAAUGGGCAUGGACAUGACCAUGGCGAUGGGCGGAAUCAUCAAGGGCCCACCUUCAGCAAAGGACCGGGUUGAAGCUAGACGCCAAAUGGAACGGGAGGUUGAUGAAGAUGACAAUGUACCAGCAUUAAAUUCGUCUGCAAAGCGACGCUUAUCUGCAGUUAUUUCUGGUGAAUGGCGGAGGUCUGUCACGCCGGGCAGUUCGCCCGUUCGAGACGUAACGACUCCUAAAUCUACAAAUCCGACCAACGUGGGCACUCCCAACAGCCAGGGACCCAGAACCCCAUCAAGAAAGUCCCCCUUGAGGAUGCCGAAAUCGCCAGCUACGGCCAGCAAAAUUGGUUCUGGCGUAUCCUCUACCCCUAAAUCCGCUUCUAAAAAGAGCCAGUUGUCUGUUUUCCAACAAGAUCCUACAACUGGGGUCUCGACACCGCGGGUUAUCCUGACCCCUCAGAAGAGGCGACUAUCAGGUGUAGGUGCUGAUAGGCCUGGUCUCGGAUCACCUAAGGUGGCCGCUAUUUUUGACCGGCGUGAAUCCAUUGGCGAUGCAGCAGACAGCUUUGUUCCCCGUGAACCCUCAAGAUCUGUUGCCUUCGCGGACCCCCGUGUUAUGGAAUAUGAAGUAGACCGUGAUCGUCAACUGGAAGCAGACAAAGAAAAUGGCCGCAAAGUACUUGAGAAGGAAGUCGACGGGGACGAAGAGAAUACGGCAAGUCUAAAAGAUAUGAUCUCUAGUAUGACUCCUAAGAAAAAUCUUAUGAAAGGACGGAAAAGUCUGCAUGUGGGCAGUGCUAAAGGUCUUCUCGGCAAACGUCCUGCCGAGCUUGACGAUGAAGAGGAAGCUGAGGAAAGGGAUGGAAUCAAGCGACUCAAGAACCAUCAGAGCAGCCCCGUCAAGAACGUACGCCUACAUGCGCCUCCUUCGAAAGCCGAAACGACAGGACGAGUGACUCGUUCUUCUAGUAAAGGGCUAGAGGACAUCAGCAACAAUAAGGCUACUUCAACACCGACAUUUUCGCCUAAGAAAACACCUACAGGUGUUCCAUCUCCUCAUGCCAAAGGGCGCUUCAAAGAAGUCGACUCCAAUCAUCCUACCAGUACUCUCAACUUUGACGAGUCUCAUGUUAUGACUGAUGCUGAAGCUCAGGUAGAUGAUGACGGAGAACAAAUGCAUCUACAAGACUUUUUGAAUAUGACAAAUAUUCGCUUCAUGGAAUUGACGACAACAAAACGGCGACACACUCAAGCACCCGCCAACGUAACAGAUAACGCCGCGUCUGAAGAAGAGGAUAUGUCCCUAGAGCGAUGCGUCGUAGCAGGUGCUUGUACGGUUCCUAUGCUAGAAUUGUACCAACAUUCCUGCCGAGAAUUAAAAAAAUAUAUUUCAGAAGGCAGGAGAAUAGUUCGUGAGAUCGAAACAGAGACUCUGGAAGAGAACCCGCCACUCUUCAAGGAAUACAUCACUGCAACGCCCGAGUACAAGCUUUUCCUAGACAAUCAGUUCAAGAAUGUCAAGUCGCAUGCACGACUACUAAGUAAAGCCAUGUGGUAUGAAUGGCGCAUGAAACUUCAAGAUGGGCUCAAGGAGGGCCUACUGAAGAUUGAAGAAGGUAUGGCAGCCGACGAGCAGCUAUUGCACCAGGAGCAGGAAUUACUCGAUUCGAUUUUGCCCAAGCUAGUGGAGCGGCUCGCAUCAUUAGAGCUAGAACAUGAUAAUUUGCAAUCUGCCGCACAGGAGCUAGCAGAUUGCGACCCUGAAGAUUUGCAAGCUGCUCGAUCCGAGCUGACAGACCUUGACUCGGAUAUCGAAGCGAAAUUGAAGAAAAUCGAGCAACUAAGGCAGCAACUGAACGAGACUGAAUCUGGAAUCGGCGAGCUAUCACAAAAGAAGAAGGAAUGCGUUGCUGAUAUAGAAGAAGCUGAAAAAGUUCGCGAGCAAUGUAGGGGUUGGACCUCUAAUGAAGUCAGCGCCCUCAAAGCCCGCGUCGAAGCAAUUGAGAAGCAGCAUGGCUGGGCCAUUACAGGCGUAGUUGGGACCUCGCUGUCGAUGACAUACCGAAGAGAGAUCGAACUCGUCUUUGACGUCCGCGCUUUCAAAGGUCUAAAGCCCGAUAACUCUAGGAUUGAUUUGUGGUAUAUCGCAGCCAAUCGGGAGCAGAAUCCACAGCCAAGCACGCCGGAAAAGGAAUUUUUUGUCCAGUGCACGCGGGAUCACAUCCGAGGGUUGGCCCAAGCGCAGACCAAGAUCAAGAAUCUCCUAGAUAUGGUUAGUACGGCCUGGAAGAAGGCCAAUCACGUUGCGAGAAACGUUCAUCUCCUCAACACUACCUACCGAACCAAGGUCACCAAAACUUCAGAUUCGUCUAUCUCGAUCCGCUCAUGGGUACUGCUUGUCCCGUUGGAGACGAAAGUGGAGGUUGUACUCAGCUUACAUGGCCAGAGUACACCAGAUGGCGUAGAGGUUACCAUUACACCCCAAGCGCGAGUGGUCUACGGAGAGCAAUUUAAGGAAGAUAAGAUUGUCGAGUUCCUCACAACGAAGAUAGGCACACGCGUGGUUACGAAGGAAGAGAGCGGAACCUUUGAGCCUUGGGUCGAGGUCCUUGUUGAGCUCCAGGAAAGACUGCUUGCGAGAGGACGAAAAUAA